GAGAGAGUAAAACAACCUAGAGAAGACACGAUAGGCAUCCAAUCAGAAAUCGCCGGUGGCGAUUAAAGGGAUGGUGCGCAGUCUCUCGGGCUUUAUGAGCGACUCUUUUCACAACCUCCUCCGCACAUCCUCACUUGUUGACCUCCCGCCGGACGCUCUGGCGGAGCUGCGCGUUUUGGACUCGCAGUCGGGUUCGUUUAGCUCGACGGGGAUCUGUCCUCUUCCUCCUCUUUCCCCCACACCAGCUGCUGCUGCUGCUGGAUGCUACUCCCCCCACGCCGCACUUGUUGCGUAAAAACUGGAUGCGCCACUGAGUCCUGAGAGAGGAGAGGCAGGGGCGGACUGCAACAGGUGCACGCGGACAACCCCCCCUUGAAGGCUGCACAGUCGAUAAAUAACUUUAAAUGCCGAUUUGACGAUCCUGCGGCCAUCUUCAACGCUCAUUACGCGCACAGACCCACGAUGCCGGUUCUCACGAGCCCCGACAUUGCGAACAAGUUUAAGGAGAAAUGGCUCGCGGUGUACCCGGAGGAUCCGGUCACCGGGUCCGACUGCGCGCCCCUGGACGACAGCCUCACCAGCCUCCACUGGCUCCAGAACUUCUCCAUCCUCAACGCGGACCCGGAGCGGCCCAACGGAUCCGGACCCGGCUGCACCUCCUCCCAGCACGGCCAGUUUCUGAAGCGGCUCGGCUUUCCCGGAGGGGGAUCCGACUCCCCGUCCAGCCCGCCGGCCGGGGACACCGCCGCCACCGGGAUGCCUCUGUACCUCGGGAGCCCCGUCACCUCCGGCAGCGACUGCACCGCGGCACCGCGUUUUACCGAUUACGCACAUCCAGGGAACACCUACCCGCAGAUCCACAUCCAGGCGUGCCCGCCCGUGGAGGUCGAUUACAAAACCAACCCGAAGGUCAAACCGCCCUAUUCCUACGCCUCGCUCAUCUGCAUGGCCAUGCAGGCCAGCAAACAGCCCAAAGUGACUCUGUCCACCAUCUACAACUGGAUAACGGAGAAUUUCUGCUACUACAAACACGCCGAGCCCAGCUGGCAGAACUCGAUUCGUCACAACCUGUCCCUCAACAAGUGUUUCAAGAAGGUCCCCAGACAGAAAGACGAGCCGGGGAAGGGGGGCUUCUGGCAGAUCGAUCCACAGUAUGCAGACAUGUUCGUCGAUGGCAUUUUCAAACGCAGAAGGAUUUCUGCCAACAACUACAAUGGCACCAGCAGACCAAGCAAACUGGUGCUGGGUUAUCACGGCACACAGAAUGGCUGCCCUUACCAGGGGGUUGGCGGCAAACGGAAGCACCCGCCCGCCAAGAACGACGGCAAGGCGAUGAGGACCACCGAGUCGCCUCUCUUAGCGACGGAGGCCCACAAAGCCGACAUCCUGAGGGGGGACUUUGACCUGGCGUCCGUGUUCGACGACGUCCUCAGCGGCAACUGUAGCACCUUCGAGGAUUUGGACAUCAACACGGCGCUGAGCUCCCUGGGCUGCGAAUUGGAGGUCUCCAUGCAGGGGAGGCAGCAUUCGGCCGGGCCGGGGCGGUGGUGCGGCGGCCCGGAGGUCGCGGGUCACAGCCAGCACCUCAACCCCCUCCAAUCCUACGGUUACAUGGAGCUGAGCGUCGCCUCCGCAGAUGGCAGCGCUAACAUGGGAGAGCUCCACGUGCUGCAGCAGCAUCCGCUGCAGCUGCAGCAGCAGCAGCAGCAGCUGGACCAGGAUCAGCUGCUCCAAAGUCACCACCACCACCUGCAGCAGUUCGACGAGCCCUCCGCCCUGUUCCCGGAGCAGCCCGGGGAGGCGGUGCUGCAGCCCUGGGAGGAGAUCAAAGAGGAGGAGCAGGCGAUUCCUCUGACGCUGGAUCAGGGCUUCGGCCUGUGCGAGGGCUUCUUCUCAGAGAUGCAGCCAUGGGAGCGAGUGGAGGCCUAUCUGUGACCUUUGACCCAAAACCUCAUUGACUCCUAAUUAUCUUCCCCCGAUGAUCUGAACAUGUCUGAUUCCUGGUCCAACAUUACCACCGAAAGGAUAACAAUGGUUAGAACUACAGCCCAGCUACUCGCGCAUUCCCUCCAGCCAUCCAGCGCGUCUGUAACUUAUUUUUUGUAACAUUUACAUCUUUUCAUACAAUACAAACUUGAACUAUCAACAGUUAUCAAAAGAGUCCUUCAAGACAUCAAUCUGGGAUGAAAAAGCUUCCAGACACAGAGUCACCUGUCCAGUGUGUGUGGUGAUUGAUAGCAGCGCGUAACAUGACAACAUCUCCUUAUGACCGUACAGCAGAGGAACCUUUACGAAGUGGACGGGAUUAUCGCACUCUGUAGAACAAAAGGCGGCAAACGUUUCCUUGAGAAGGAAGAACAAGGAGAAGACUGCGUGCAGAAGUAGGACUUUGUGGAACUGUAACGGCUCAAAUGUCAGGCAGCUGAUAAAAAGGUGACGCGUUCAAGCAAGUGCUUCUGAUUCUGACCGAGGCAACGUGAAGAUAACCCAACCAGCCUCCCUCAAAGCCCUCCUCCCGAACCAGCACGUCACUACAGGUCUGAGACGACGUGCUGGAUUCUAUUUUGCUACAUUAGCAUUCUUUUUUUUAUUUUUAUUAACAUUGCAGCAAACUCCGCCACUCAUCACGUUAUGGGAGCAGGAUAUUGAAGACGUUGAAUUCGUAGUCCCGAGAUUAGAAAUCAGUCAUCUAUGACUUUCUUAUGUAAUCGAUUUAAUAUAUAUUUACUAAAGUAUAUAGCAUGAAGCUGGGCAGGAAUAUUUGCCAUUUGUCUACGUGAGAGGAGCAGAGGGGAAAACUCACCGCCUUCUCGACAGUCAUGAAAACAUUAUGCACUUUGAUAGGCAGCGGUUUUAGGAAAGCUAGACAGCAAUUAUUUCAGCGAAUAGGUUUGGUUUGAUUUUUUACCAUAUUAAAAUGCUGUUUUCAAAACCAUGGUUUACUGACCAUUACGAACGUGAUACAUAUGCUGUAAUUUUUCGUAUCAGUUUGUUUUUGAACAUGCUUAACACUUAACACUGCAAUAAGUCAACUGGGCAAGUUUGUCUUUUGCUUAAAUAUAAUGUUUUCUUCUCAAUUAUGUACAAACUGGGCAUUUGUUAAUUAUAUUUCGCCAAAUUUGAUGAGAAGGAAUAUGCAGUUCAUUGGUGUCUCUGUAUUGAUGAAUAGGGUUCUGUUUUCUGUCACUGGGUGAUGGAUCUGUCCUUUUUCAUUUGUAUUUCGAAAUGUGUUUGAGAAUAUAUAUUCACUUGGUUUCUUUGAGGGGACAAACUAUGAGCAGAUAAAGGCCAGAUUUUCUUAUUCUAUCAUAUUGAUCAAGUUUGAUACAAGCUCUUUAAUCUCACCAUGUUAUUUUCAUUUGUACUUUUUUAAACUGUUUAAAAAUGCAAUCAUGCCUUGAUGCAAUAAAUGGUGUCAAUUAAAGAAAGAACAAUAACAAAAACGUAUAUUUUCUUGACAUUGUGACUUGGGAAAUUAAAACACGGUGGAGUGCA